AUGGGCAAUGAUGAACACCUUCACAAAGCCUUCCAAUUUUUUGAUCAGAACCAAAGUGGGUAUAUUGAAAUUGAGGAGUUACGUAAUGCCUUGGCUGAUGAGGUUGAAAGGAGGAGGAUGUCAAAACGUCUUGCAGAAGAUGCCUUAUAUGAGCUGUAUAUCAAGUUGAGCAAUUCAGUUUUUAAAGAUGGUCUAUCAGGGAGGUUCUUGGAGACUGAAUUAUUAUGCAGUCUAUCUUUGAAGGAGAUAGUAGUUGCACCUUUGCACGAGUCAUUUCUGGUACUUGCAGAUGAUAUUGUUGAAACCAUUGUGGAUAAGGUUCACAAAAUUUUACAGUGUUGCUUUCAGAACUCCAUUGAAAAUAGUGUCCCUUCUUUCUGGUACUGA